CAGCUCGGUCAAAAGCGCAGAUGCGGGUCUAACCUGAGCAGAGACAGUGGAGACAGUGCAGGGGGACAGACGGGCAGAGACAGAGAGGAGGACUCAGGCUUUCUGUUGUGGACAUGUGCAACACUCGAUCACACUUUCCCAUCACUUCAUCGCAUUUUGGAGCCGUCUGAAAAGUUGAUCCAGGCGAAGACUCGUCAGUGCUCUCCGCUUUUACGCACCUCAUCCACGGUCACCACUCACCAACAUCACCUGGGAGAGAAGAGGGUUGUUGUCCGAACACCCCGAUCACAUUCUCCGGACGUCCCGUUCAGUGCGGUCGUCAUGUCCUCCGGUGAUGCCUCGGAGCAGGGUCGGCGGGUCAGCGUGCUGUCCUGGGAUCAGGUGCGGCGUCUGGACGCCAUCCUGGGGGAGAGCGUCCCGAUCCACGGCCGCGGAAACUUCCCCACGCUGUCCGUGCAGCCCCGGCAGAUCGUCCAGGUGGUCAGGGCUCGACUGGAAGAGAGGGGCGUGGAGGUCCGUGAUGUUAAGCUGAAUGGCUCGGCAGCCAGCCAUGUUCUGCACCAGGACAAUGGUCUUGGCUACAAAGACCUGGACCUGAUUUUUGGCCUAAAUCUAACUGAUGACAAAACCUUCCGGCUGGUGAAAGAUGUGGUGCUAGACUGCCUGGUGGACUUCUUGCCUGAAGGGGUGAGCAGGGAGCGAAUGACAGCCCUCACCCUGAAGGAGGCGUACGUGCAGAAACUGGUGAAAGUUUGCAAUGAGACAGACCGCUGGAGCCUCAUCUCACUGUCCAACAACACCGGCAAGAACGUGGAGCUAAAGUUUGUGGACUCCCUGAGACGACAGUUUGAGUUCAGUGUUGACUCCUUCCAGAUCACUCUGGACUCAUUGCUCCUCUUCGACCGCUGCUCAGAGACGGCCAUGUCUGAGACCUUCCACCCCACAGUGCAGGGGGAGAGCAUGUAUGGAGACUUUGAGGAGGCUCUGGGUCACCUUCGCUCCCAGACUAUCGCCACCCGCAGCCCAGAAGAGAUCAGAGGCGGCGGGCUGCUCAAGUACUGCCACCUGCUGGUGCGCGGCUUUCGGCCAUCCUCCGAGGCACAGAUGAAACAGAUGCAGCGCUACAUGUGCUCGCGCUUCUUCAUCGACUUCCCUGACAUAAGUGAGCAGCAGAGGAAACUUGAGGGCUAUCUGCAGAACCACUUUGCGGGCAUGGAGCACAAGCGCUAUGAGUACCUGGUGACGCUGAGGCGGGUGGUGGACGAGAGCACUGUGUGUCUGAUGGGCCAUGAGCGCAGACAGACGCUGGCACUUAUUUCCGCACUGGCGCUGCGUGUAAUGGCAGAACAGAAUGCUAUCCCUGCUCUGUCCAACAUCACCUGCUACUACCAGCCAGCCCCCUAUGUCAGAGAUGUCAACUUCAGCAAUUACUACGUGGCACAGGUUCAGUCGCACAUGGCCACAUUCAGUAACUCUUAUCAAACGUGGCUGCCUUGCAGCUAAGCAGUGACUUAUGAUGUCUGGAGAGCUUUCUGUUUUAACUUUACAUUGAUGUAAGCUGAGCACUUAUCGUGCUUGGUUGCUCUGUAGCAAUGAGGCUUUUUGCUAUAAGGCCCAGUGUGAACAAAAAGGAAUUAAUGGUUCUUUUUUUUUUCUUUUUGCCAAAUCUUAUCUCAAAACCAUUCCACUAAGUUAUAUUGAUUAAUACUGCUGUAAACAAUUCUCAUUCGAGCCAUUAUAAUUAUAUCAUUUUUCUGUUGGCAUUUUAUAUCCAGUGUGGACAUACAUGGACAAAUGAAGGGUUGAUAUGUGACAGAGGGACUUUGCUAGUUCUGUUUCAGGUCUGAUGGAGGCCUGUGUAUUGUGUCUUUAAUGAAAUGUAAAUACUCGGUACGAAACCAGAAAGAUGUUUUUCGUUCUGUCUGUGGUUUCAGCUUACCUGAUUGAGAGAAGUUAAGGACCAAAGAAAUCAUUUUCUUGUGUAGCAUGACAAACAGAGACUGUAUGUGGUUCCAAGUGCCUGAAAUUGACCAAUGUCUUUAUAGAAGUUACAAUGUAAGAACUGUUUUUGAAACUGUUUUCAUCCAGGUUGCUGUAAAUUUCUAUAUCAAGGGUCAAGGUAUUUGUUUUUAAAUCAUUAAAAAAA